AUGGAAAACAAGUGGAAAAGAAAUAAUGUUAGGGAUAACGAUGAUGAUGAUGAUGAUGAUGAUGAUGAUGAUGAUGAUGAUGAUGAUGAUGAUGAUGAUGAUGAUGAUGAUGAUGAUGAUGAUGAUGAUGAUGAUGAUGAUGAUGAUGAUGAUGAUGAUGAUGAUGAUGAUGAUGAUGAUGAUGAUGAUGAUGAUGAUGAUGAUGAUGAUGAUGAUGAUGAUGAUGAUGAUGAUGAUGAUGAUGAUGAUGAUGAUGAUGAUGAUGAUGAUGAUGAUGAUGAUGAUGAUGAUGAUGAUGAUGAUGAUGAUGAUGAUGAUGAUGAUGAUGAUGAUGAUGAUGAUGAUGAUGAUGAUGAUGAUGAUGAUGAUGAUGAUGAUGAUGAUGAUGAUGAUGAUGAUGAUGAUGAUGAUGAUGAUGAUGAUGAUGAUGAUGAUGAUGAUGAUGAUGAUGAUGAUGAUGAUGAUGAUGAUGAUGAUGAUGAUGAUGAUGAUGAUGAUGAUGAUGAUGAUGAUGAUGAUGAUGAUGAUGAUGAUGAUGAUGAUGAUGAUGAUGAUGAUGAUGAUGAUGAUGAUGAUGAUGAUGAUGAUGAUGAUGAUGAUGAUGAUGAUGAUGAUGAUGAUGAUGGUAUUUUCGUUUCAAGUUGA